GAGUAUUUUGUUUCUAGAGUUGUACAAAAAUGUAUUUACUUCCGGUUAUGGGAUCUAUCUUCACAGAUCAUCCCGAUAGCAGAAACCCGAAAUGUUUAUCACAAACAAAAAAUCAUGCUGACUGAUUAUUUCUGAGGGGCAAACUGUAUUCUGGAAUCAGGACUUUUAAGGCAUGUCAGCCUUACCUUACAUGAUAGUCUUGUCUGUUAGCAACAACUAUCGCUGGGUGAAACUCCCCAGUUUCACAAGUCCAAAUUAAGAAUGAGUCAACUUUAGCUCUUCAAAGCACCAGUGUAUACCUUUUAUAGUCAUUCAUGAUUGAAAAUAAAACAAACAUUAACUGUGUGAGAAACUGAAAAAGGUUUUAAAAAAUGUUCAGUGUAUCUCUGUAAAGGAAGCACUAGAUAUUAUGGGUAAUAAGAACAGCUGCUGUUCAUACUCAAGUCCAGCUCCCAAACGUAAAGAUGUUUAUCAAGAAGAACCUCAUAUGCCUCGUGAAGGGGAGGGCAGUGUUGGGAACAUUCAGCACAUUUCAGAGCGAGAGCCAGAAGAUUGGGAUGCAGAUCCUUCCCUCCACCCAACGGCAUCCACUAUAUUUUUAGAGCGGUCACGUAUACAAGAGAAUGGUCUUGUGAGAAAAAAGAGUCAAAAUCAUAUAUUGGACACUGGUAGACCCGGGUUGAAGAAGAGUAGUUCUUGUUCAACAAUAUAUUUGGAUGAUAGUACUGUUUCUCAACCCAACUUAAAGAAUACUGUGAAAUGUGUCUCAUUAGCAAUAUAUUACCACAUCAAACAUCGCACAUCAAAUCGUCAGAUAGACAUUUUUGAUGAGAAAUUACACCCUUUAACUCAAGCACCUGUUCCUGAUGAUUAUGACCAGCACAAUCCUGAGCAUAGACACAUUUAUAAAUUUGUUCGCACUCUGUUUAAUGCUUCACAACUGACUGCUGAGUGUGCCAUUAUCACACUAGUCUAUCUUGAAAGGCUUCUAACUUAUGCUGAAGUGGAUAUUUCUCCUGCAAAUUGGAAAAGAAUUGUGUUAGGAGCUAUUCUUCUAGCAUCCAAAGUGUGGGAUGAUCAAGCAGUUUGGAAUGUGGACUACUGCCAAAUUUUGAGAGACAUCACUGUGGAAGACAUGAAUGAAUUAGAACGACAAUUUCUUGAAAUGCUUCAGUUCAAUAUCAAUGUUCCGUCAAGUGUGUAUGCAAAAUAUUACUUUGAUCUACGUACAUUGGCCGAAGACAACGACCUUGCAUUCCCAAGUGAACCUCUCAGUCGGGAAAGAGCUCAAAGAUUGGAGGCUAUGUCCCGGGUUUGUGAAGAUAAAAUAACUGCUGAGGCAGUUCGCAAUGGUUUGAAGAAGUGGAGAAGCUUUGAGACUCUUAAUGGACAACCUUCCAGACGCAGUGUUGCCAUUUUGUCGUGAUUUGUGAUGGUGCUUGCUAGGUGUUGUAUUUUGUUUUAAUUUCUCAGUGAGGCAGUAUAUUUUUCACACACCACUUGGCCUCGGCAUCAUUGACCGCACGGUCCUAAUCAAUGCAGCUGCUCAGUGAAAAUUUUGGUAACCGACGAUGAUUUAUAAUUGGAUUGUUAAUUAUGUAAUAUGAAUUGUAGUUUCCACUUCACUUUAUAUACCUAGAAAGUGGCUGUGUUAGAUGAUCAACAGGCUUUUUUUUUUUUUGACUUGAGAACAGAUUUUUAUUUCUUUUUAAGUCUCUUACCAGACCAUAGCCUGAUAAUAGAAAAUUCUCUGUAUGAUCUGUUUGUACCAAUAUGAUGCAGUCAUGUUUGCGUCUUGCCUGUAACCAAGGUGAAUGUCUCGUUUUAUGAACCUUUCAUUCCAUUCUUUCUUAUGCUAAGUAUAAUGCAGUGCUUUUGCACAGUCAGACUUCCAUCAUGUGCCCAGUAUCAUAAGAUGUUUAGUGUUUUUGGAGAUGAAAUUGACUUGACUGUUCCUUUGGUUUGUACCAAAGCUUACAUCAGACUGUAGAGAGUUUAAGAAGAGGAGAUUUUAUCUAUUAGUAGACAUCUUUUAGGUACUCAAGUCAAGGUCUUUUCCUUGUGUAGGUUUGCCUCUAAAGAUGUCAUCUAGUACAGUUAUUAGUACUGGUCUACUAAGCAGACUGAUGUUGUCUGAUUGUAUUUCCUGCUUCAGGAAUGUUUUUAAUUGAUCUUUUAAGAUUUGUGAACCUAAACAAAUUGACUGGUGUGUUCCCUACCUAUUUAUUAUUUCAUGAAAGACAUUUUCAUUAUUCACCUUGACUUUUGUUAACUCUUAAGUGAUAAUUUGAACCAAUGCUGUUUCUCAGCAAAAUAAAAAUAAAAAAUCUGUAACAAGUAACAUAACACACGAGUAAUACUUAAGUCCAAAUCUGGAACAGUUACUAAUUUCAGCAUUGUUUUAGGUGUAUUUAAUUUUCCAAAACUGUAUACUCUCAGUUAAGAACUGAAAAUUUGUAUCUAUUGUCUUUUUAAAUUUCAUACACUUAUCUUUUAAAAAAUAAAGUUUGUUCUAUUAUUGGACAAUUAAGUGUUAGGUCCAGUAGGUUUUAGUACCUUUCUCUGUUGAUAAAAUAAAAUCUCCUAAAUUGUUUUCCUUGUUUGUUUAAUGUAAAGUCCUGUAGAGUAAGCUUAAUACUGUACCAGAUAGUAGUACGCUGUUGCUAACUCUUGAUUCGGUGGUAAAUACCUACAUGUUUCCUUUGAUCAGAUGGCCCUCAAAAACUCAAUUUGUUGAAAGCAUUAUUUUAAAUGUUGCUCAGAGCUUCCGUAUGAGUAAAGCAGAAGCUUUAUUUUUCUAUUGCCAUAGAAAUAUAUACUUUCAAAGAUAACUUAAUUAAUAAAACAAUGAUAAGGAGAUAUAGUGUAGUAAGAGUAGCUACCUUGUUCUCCAUGACAAACAAGAUUUUCUUUUACUUAGCUUCCAAAGGGCUUCAGGCAGUUAUGACAUGUGUCAUAGUAUAUUGUGUGUAAUUGGGCUAGUCUAUUUUAAUCAUCCCUUGUUUGUUUUAUAAAGUUGUAUUAUACUGAAUUUUUCAUUUUUGAAUCUUUUGAACAAUUUUAAUAAUUAUGCUUAUACCUGCUGUUUUUGUUUCUUUUUUUCAGAGAAUGCUGUUAUUUUGCCUCUUGUUUUUGUGUAUCUAUUAUUUUCUCUUAAAUAUUUUACAACUAUGUAUACCAACUACGGUUUUGCCGAAGGAUUAUCUCAUUUCAUAAUUGGUCAAAGAUUGGCCUCUAUGGUCUAAAGUUCAGAAGUUUUAUUUUGCGUGUGUUUUCCUGAUGAAAUAUGACGUUUACUUCUUUGGUUUUAAAGCAGCCAAAUUUUUAAAUUGAGUUUUUUUUAGUGGAGCUGUGAAAACAAUGCAGUUCACAUAAGACUGUAUUAGAUUUCUUUGAUAAAAAAUUGUAAUAUUGUGGUGCUUGUCAGUCUCUAGUGUUAUCCUUGCACAACAUUAAAGAUUGCAUCUAACCAAUGUGUUGUAAUCCUUGCUUAGUUGACAACUCGAACAAACACCACAGGAAAGAAAACAUAAGUUCAAACUUCAGAAUUUGUCAUGGUAGGAGGAGUUUUCUUAAAAAGGAAUUUACAUACAUCAUAACUUUAUUUGUAUACCUGUACAAUCUAAAUUUCUGUGCAGACAGAAGAUAAGCAAGCUUUCCAUUAAAUAUAAUACAUCACUUCUGUCAGAGCCUUCAUGAGACAGUUUAUUUUGAAUUUUUAUAACAUGUAAAGAACCGAUAAAACUGUACAUCCACCAUAAUACUAAUUUGUACAUCUAAAAAAGAACAAAAGUGGUUUAUGAAUUAUCCUGUCUGAUAUGAUACACAAGAAAAAGGGUACACAGGAAUAAAAAUUACCAAGUAAGGCUGCUUUGACAAGAAUUAAAAUUAGGAGCAUGGUGAAGAGAAGAUACCAAUCUGUCCUGCAGAUUCUGGUCUACUCACAUAACAAUGAACCAAAGACAAUAUAAAAAGACAAUGGAAAAAGUGCUGCAAAUAGGGUGGGAGAAAUAACAGCAUUUUUUAAAAUGCCAAAACUUUAAAGACGUUGUUCACUCACAACAGAAAAGGAACCUGAAUAAAAGUAUCUCCUGAGGCUUUGACUCACAUUGGUGCAACCAGCCACAUAUAAGACAUAAGCAAAUUUGUAAUUUGGUCUUCUUACAGAACAGAAAUUUGAUACAACUGCAUGGGUCAGCAAAAGGGAAUGGAAUCAAGGAUCUUUCAUCUAUGAAUAAUAUAUAAUAUUUAUAUAUAUAUAUAUAUGUGUUUCAUAUAUAUAUAUUUGCACGUAUAAAU